GGGCCCAUAAACGAAUGGCCCAAAAAAUGAGAAAACCCUUGAAUAGAAUAGAGGCGGAAUAAGUAGCAGCAAGAUUGUUAUCACAUUUCCUUUCCCUUCUUCUAUCUAAUCCAUUUUAUCAUCUCCACUCACUACUCUCUAACCAUGGCUCCUGGUCCCGUUAUUGAUGCACCCACUGAACCCCAACUCGAACAACAACUUCCCUCCCUCGAUGAAACUACUCACAAGAAAAUACCCCUACCCCAGGAGGAGGACGAUGCUCCCGUUGUUGAGGACGUGAAAGAUGACGACAAAGAUGAAGCAGAUGACGAUGAAGACGAUGAUGAUGAUGAGGACGACGAUGACAAAGAAGACGGUGCUCAAGGUGGUGCUGAGGGUUCAAAACAAAGCCGAAGUGAGAAGAAGAGUAGAAAAGCAAUGUUGAAGCUUGGACUGAAACCUGUCACUGGCGUUAGUAGGGUCACAAUCAAGAGAACCAAAAAUAUUCUUUUCUUUAUCUCAAAACCUGAUGUUUUCAAGAGUCCAAAUUCUGAGACUUACGUCAUAUUUGGGGAAGCGAAAAUAGAGGACUUGAGCUCUCAGUUGCAGACACAAGCUGCCCAGCAGUUCAGGAUGCCAGAUAUGGGAUCUGUAAUGGCAAAACAAGAUCAAGGUGCGGCAGCUGCGAUACAACCUGAGGAGGAAGAGGAAGAGGUUGAUGAAACUGGUGUGGAGCCCCAUGACAUUGAUUUGGUCAUGACUCAGGCAGGAGUGUCCAGGAGCAAGGCCGUCAAGGCUCUCAAGACUCACAAUGGCGACAUUGUUGGUGCCAUUAUGGAGCUCACUACUUAAUUGGGUGUUGGGUUCAAUUGGGUCGCAUCCUCUUUGUAUCUUUUUUUGUGGAAUAAUUUUGGAACUAGUAUCUUCAAUUUACCAUAGCCAGACAAUAUCACCUUAUCAAGCGUCUAUAUGUUUAGGUUUACCAUUUGCCUGGUAAUUUUGUUGUUUCCUACAAAAUUCUGGGGUGACAUUAAAGAUCACAUCCUUAUUUUGACAGAACGAUCACAUGCUUGGUUAGAUAUGUUGUUUUUGUCUUCCAUAUACUCGGAACAACCUUCGGUAUGUUCCUGUUAUCUUUGAACCAAUGUUGUACUAGAAUUGUUGGUUUAGUUUAAUAUUAUUUUGCAGCUUUUCAGAUCUUGCGAUUGCAAGUAUUUUCA